CCCCACGCUUCCAGGCCCCGCCCUGCCCCGCGCGCCGCGGCGCUUCCGGGGGCCGUUAUUGCCCGGGUCACGCUCCUGCCCACCCGCCUCAGGACCCUAGACCAUGGUAUGGAGCCCGCCCUGGCGGGAGACCCCAAACCGCUAAAACUGCGAAUGGGAGGAGCCUGGUAUGCCUCAUGAGUCAGCAGAGGAUUUGUUUCAUUUCAAUGUCGGGGGCUGGCAUUUCUCAGUUCCCAGAAGCAAACUCGCUCAGUUCCCAGACUCCCUGUUAUGGAAGGAGGCUUCAGCGUUGACCUCUUCGGAAAGCCAGAGGCUGUUCAUUGACAGAGAUGGUUCCACAUUCAGGCAUGUGCAUUAUUACCUCUACACCUCCAAACUCUCCUUCUCCAGUUGUGCAGAACUGAACUUGCUCUAUGAGCAAGCACUGGCUUUGCAGCUGAUGCCUUUGCUGCAGACUCUAGAUAAUCUGAAGGAAGGGAAAUACCAUCUACGUGUGAGGCCUGCAGACAUACCUGUUGCUGAGAGAGCAUCUUUGAACUACUGGCGAACAUGGAAGUGUAUCAGCAAACCCUCAGAAUUUCCUAUAAAAAGCCCAGCCUUCACAGGCCUACAGGAUAAGGCACCUUUGGGACUUAUGGAUACACCACUGUUAGACACAGAAGAGGACGUGCACUACUGCUUCCUGCCCCUAGACCUAGUGGCCAAGUAUCCAAGCCUGGUAACUGAAGACAAUCUGCUGUGGCUGGCUAAGACCGUGGCCCUCAUCGAGUGCGAGUGCAGCGAGUUCCGCUUCAUUGUGAAUUUUCUCCGCUCACAGAAGAUUUUACUACCAGAUAAUUUCUCCAACAUAGAUGUGUUAGAAGCAGAAGUGGAAAUUCUGGAAAUCCCUGAACUCAGUGAAGCUGUGAGGUUGUACCGAAUGAACAUGGGUGGCUGUUCCCGGACCUCCUGUCCUCCUCCAAGCCCUGGGAAGGGGGGCCGUGCAGCAGGCCUAGAGUCUGUGAAGCCACUGUACAUGAUGACCCUGGGUCUGCUUGUCAAGUACCCAGACUCCGCACUAGGACAGCUCCGCAUCGAGAGCACUCUGGAUGGAAGUAGACUGUACAUCACUGGGAACGGGGUCCUCUUCCAGCACGUUAAGAACUGGCUGGGGACUUGCCGGCUGCCCCUGACUGAGACCAUUUCUGAGGUGUACGAGCUCUGUGCCUUCCUGGACAAGAGGGACAUCACCUAUGAGCCAAUGAAAGUGGCUCUGAAGACUCAUCUGGAGCCGAGGACUCUGGCACCCAUGGAUGUGCUCAAUGAGGAGUGGACGGCAGAAAUCACUGUGUAUUCCCCUCAACAGAUCGUCAAAGUUUAUGUUGGAAGCCACUGGUAUGCAACCACCUUGCAGACCCUGCUGAAGUAUCCAGAACUGCUGUCCAACCCUCAGAGAGUGUACUGGAUCACAUAUGGACAGACCCUGCUGAUCCACGGGGAUGGCCAAAUGUUUCGACACAUUCUCAACUUCCUGAGACUUGGAAAACUAUUUUUACCAUCUGAAUUUAAGGAAUGGCCCCUCCUCUGCCAGGAGGUGGAGGAAUACCACAUCCCAUCCCUCUCAGAAGCCCUUAUCCAAUGUGAGGCAUACAAGUCAUGGAUCCAGGAGAAAGAAUCUGGAAAUGAAGUUUUUCCCAUCAGAAGGCUGCAUGUGGUGACAGAAGGGCCAGGGUCACUGGUGGAGUUCAGUAGCGAUGCCAAAGAAACCACAGCUUGCAUACCUAUGGAGUUCCAAGACUGCAGUGACAGGACUCCACGGAACAAGGCCAAGGGGACCCUGGCCAGGUCCAGCCAGAUAGAGGAGGCUGAGCAGUACUUCCGGACAAUCCAGGUGUCCCUAUGCCGAGGUGCCAAGAGGGCGGGUAAUCCCAGCACAUACUCACACUGUCCUGGUCUAUGUGCCAACCCUAGACACUGGGGGGCCCACCCUGAGAGUCCUCCCAAGAAGAAGUGUACCACAGUCAACCUCACACAGAAAUCUGAAAGCAAAGACCCUCCUGUCACCCCCAUGCAAAAACUCAUCUCCCUGGUAAGGGAAUGGGACAUGGUCAAUUGCAAACAAUGGGAAUUCCAGCCACUGCCAGGCCCCCCGAGCAGCUCCUUGGAGGAAGCCACCCUGAAGCUCCCCUCAGGAGGUGAGGCUGUUUCCCAGCCCAGCACCUCAGCUUCCUGGAAAGGCCAUUACACAGCCUCAGAGAAGGACCCAGGCCCACAGGCAGGGGCUGGAGCUGGAACCAAAGACAAGGAGCCAGAGCCAACCUUUAAGCCAUACUUCCCCAUGAAAAGAGCUGUCACCUUGAAGGACUGGGGCAAGCAGAGCCCAAAGGAGAGAGAAAGUCCUGCCCCUGAGCAGUCUCUGCCUGAGGCCAGUGAGGUGGACAGCACAGGGGUCAUCCUCAAAGUGACCCACCCCCCCGUGGUGGGUAGUGAUGGCUCCUGCAUGUUCUUUGAGGACAGCAUCAUCUAUACCACACAGAUGGACAACCUCACAGACAUGCCACCCACAGCCAGCCCCCAGCCCCGAGAGGUGACUUUCCUGAGUUUCUCUCUGUCCUGGGAAGAGAUGUUUUACGCACAGAAAUGUCACUGCUUCCUGACUGACAUCAUUCUGGAUUCCAUCAGGCAAAAGGACCCCAAAGCCAUCACAGCCAAGGUGGUCUCCCUGGCCAACCGGCUGUGGACCCUGAACAUCAGCCCCAAGCAGUUUGUGGUGGACUUGCUGGCCAUCACUGGCUUCAAGGAUGACCGGUACACCCAGGAACAUCUGUACAGCUGGGUGGAGGUGAGGGCCUCCUGCACCCCACUGGGAAUGGCGACCCUCCAGAUGCCUCAGAUGGACACUGUCUUGCUGCAUGAGGGCCAGGCCAGUGCUGCCCAGAAGGCAAGACAGGCAACUAGACCUCUAGUCUCUGGUCCCAGGGAGGGAGGAACAAUGGAUGAAAUUAACCUGUCUAGAGUGGUCAAAAAGCAAUAUUCAGGCCGCUGGUUUUUGUAGUUUUCCUCCCAUUUUACCAAUUUAGCCUUCAUCACUAACAACCCUGACUAUACUCAGGGAAGCACAUUCUACGAGCUCAAGGUUUUGGGGUGCUGAAAUCCGAGAAACUACCGGGAGUCAGAUAGAUGUUUUCAAUGACUGAUACCAACUUCACCUACUCAGCCAUGAUGUCAGUACUUUUGUACAUUCCUUUUACACUUAAGCUGCUUUAAAGCAGUUUUUACAAAGAAAAGGAAAAUGUUCAAUAAGGGCAAAGGAAUGACUCAGGUUUUUUGUUUUUUGAUUCCUUAAAAUAAUUUUAGGAUUCACAUUUUUAUUUUAACAUUGUAGGUGAAAAAGAUUUAGCUAAUUUUUCAUUAAUCUGGCAUUUCUGUAAUCAAGUACAUUACUAUAACAUCUUUCACUAUAAACACAAAAGUGCCAAGUUACUAUCCUCUGUCUAGUCUAUUGAGUGGAAAGUGAAGUCAGCACCUACGACUAGAAAGUGGAAAACCAGUGGCAGGAAACAUGCACUUUUGGCCCUCUAUUCAUUCUGUUGUGUUCCCUGGUAGCCACUCGAAACCACAGGU